UGAUCGUAAAUGGACGGACAAAUAUAUAAAUUGUGAUAAUACAAAAUAAAUUUAAAUUAAAUAUUUUAUAUAAAAUAUAAUGUAACAAUGUACUCUUCUUUUUGUCAAAUAAUGAUAAAAUACAAAUUGAUUACCAUAAUACUAUUAAGUUUGCCUAAUAUAAUUUUGACUAAAAACGAAUGUGAAAAACCAUAUUUUUGUGCUUACGGGCAAACAGUGAAUUGUUCAGUGAAAUUGCAUAAUUUAUCUAAAGAUGUAUCGUAUGAAAUUUUACGUGAGACAAGUAAUAGAGAGGCGGACAAUAAUAGAGAAAAUUAUACUCUAAACAAUGUUUUAAAUAUACAAGUCCAUUUUGAUAAUUCCAUAAAAUGGACCAAUGCCAUUUAUUAUUUUAUAUUAAAAGAUAAAGACAAAAAUAUAUGCAAGAAAAAAAUUAUUGAAUUAAAUUAUUUACAAAAAAAUGAAAACUUUAAUAGCAAGACUAUCAUCAAUCGAGAUUGUGAAAUAAAUGUUAUGGAAAUAUGUCCCGGUAACAGAAUAGACGAUGUACAUAAGAAAAACAAUAAUAAAAAUAAGUAUACUGGACCUAUGGAACAUUCGACUAGCGAAGUAAAUGAGAAAAAUAAUGGAUUAAACACUGCGCUUAUAAUUUCGGGAAUUGCGAUAGUAAUUUUAGUAAUAUUAGUAUAUUUAUUUAUCCGGAGAUGUAAUCAGAGACGUAACCAGAGACGUAACCAGAUAUCUAAGGAGGAAGAAAAUGACUGUACACAGAAUUUGUAUGCUGAAAUAAAUGAAACGAAACGAGUCAAACAGGAAAAGCAUAUGUUGAAUUCACAAGUUCAAUAUGCACAUUUGGAAUUACAGGAUACAGAAACAUACAGACCACCCCCGCAAGAUCCUGUAAUUUAUUCGAAUGUUAAAGGAUUCUUAAUACCUGUUAUUAGAGAGAUAUAAUUACAUAGAGUUUAUUUAUCAUAUCUUAAGGGCCAUAGCUAGACCCAAGUUUAAGGUAGGGCAAAAGAACUUUUUGGUAAGGCAGAAGCCAUAAUUAAGUGACGUCGAAAUAGGAAAUGUAUCUAAUUUUCUUAUGACCUCUCAUCUUAAAGUAGGGCAUUAGGCGUUUCAAGGUGGGGCAUUGCCCCUCAAAAAAUGGCGAGCAUUGUUCUAGUUAAAACAAAAUACCUAUCAAAAUUUAGUCAGCCAAAGUGAUGUUUAGUUGGCUAAAUUUUUACCUGUUUAUGAGACUUGAUCUAUAUAGAUUUGAGGUUUUUACACAACUGCCCAAAAAAAAAAUGAAAUAUAUUUAAGGUAUCAUAUACAUGUGAUGCCUUAAAUAUACUGCACUAUAAUAAUGUAUAAUUGUUUAUCUAUAACAAUUUAAAUUUUUUUUUUACCACAUAAUUACAUUUGUGUUUUACCAAAGAUUGACUGGGAGAGAAUGCUAUAUAAUAUAAUGUCCGCUUUUUGUACCAGACAUUUUAAUUGUAAUGUGGUCAAUAAAAAAUAAAUAAAUAAUAAUUGAAUGUAAUUGAAAAUAAAUAAUUCAUAUUUAUUUUCAAUUAUGUAAUGUUAAGUGUAUUGAAGUGUUUUAAAAAAAUAGUAUUUUAAUUAUUGCAUGAUAGGGUAUAACUAUUGACACUGAUGUUAAGUCCAAAACAAUGUUUACUUCUAUAUGUACAAUACCAAUAAAAUUUUAUUCCAUUCUA